ACGGGCGGAUUGUUGGAAACAACAUUCAACGUACAUUGAAAAAAGAAUUAUCAAAAAAUCCGAGACGGAGAGAGAUUCGAAAUUCGGAGCAGUAGACAGCAAUGAAGGAGGCUCUGGCGGAUCUAGAGAGAACCCAAACUCGAAUCCUCCAACGCAUUUCGGACCUCGAACUCUUGUAUUUACCUCAACACGUCUCCCAAUCAGUUUCCAUCUCUGCCGCGGCCGCCGAUAACUCCACCACCGAAGGCCGCCUCUCCUCCAUUCUCCGCUCCAACGGUGUCAAGGACUUCUCAUUUAAGCGUGUCCCUUCCGAUUACUACACCUGGACUCUCGAGGCCCGCCGUGACGUCCUCGAUGCCGCCUCCAUUCAUCAUCUCUGUAAGAGCAUUGUCCUGGUAAAUACUCAAGCCCCAGCGAAUAUAACUGAUUGUAGUGAUCAUAACAAUUCUAAAUACUACGUGGUUGUCGUACAGUAUACUGCUCGAUUUAAUGCUGAGGCUGUCAAGAACUUUUUGUAUGCUCUCAAUGAUGGAAAGAUAUCGAAGAAGAAAUUCAACAUGAGGCUUGCUCCAGAGGAAACAUCAGUAAAGUUGACUGGUUAUGAGCACAAUGGAGUGACAUGUAUUGGCAUGAAAACAGAUAUUCCGGUUAUUUUGGACGAAGCAAUAGUGAAGCUGAUCCCUGAUUUCUUCUGGUUGGGAGGUGGGGAGCUCGAUCUUAAACUGGGGAUCAAGACUUCAGAAUUUAUCGAUUUUGUAAACCCAUUCAUUGUUAACUGUAGCGUUAGUUGAUUGCCUUGAUUCUUGGUGAAAUUAUAAAGAGAUGGCAUCUGGUUUUUACCUGACUGUUGACAAUCCACUCAGUAAUACAUAUAUCAAACAAAUUCUAAUUAUAUGGGAUUCUCAUGUUCAAUUUACAUGAUUUUUUAUGUUAUUUA